GAGGCGGCGGCGGCGGCGGCGCGUGGCCUCGGCGGCGUCUCCGUCCAGCGCGGCCUCCCCUCCUCCUCCUCCUCCUCCUCCUCUCCUCUUUCUUCUCCCCUCUUCCCCCCUUCCUCCUCUCCUCGCCCAGGCCGGGGCCAUGACCGACUUCAAGCUGGGCAUCGUGAGGCUCGGCCGUGUGGCGGGCAAGACAAAAUACACGCUGAUAGAUGAGCAAGACAUUCCUCUCGUAGAGAGCUACUCUUUUGAGGCUCGAAUGGAAGUUGACGCCGACGGGAAUGGUGCUAGAAUCUUUGCUUUUGCGUUCGACAAGAACCGAGGGAGGGGAUUCGGGCGUCUGCUGCACGAGCUGCUGUGGGAAAGACACCGGGGAGGCAUCGCCCCAGGGUUCCAGGUGGUGCAUUUGAAUGCAGUGACUGUUGACAAUCGCUUGGACAACUUGCGAUUGGUGCCGUGGGGCUGGAGGCCCAAAGUUGAAGAAAUCUCUAGCAAACAAAGGGAACAAAGCUUAUACUGGCUGGCGAUACAACAGCUUCCGACGGAUCCCAUUGAGGAGCAGUUCCCCGUAUUGAAUGUCACACGCUACUACAACGCUAACGGAGAUGUGGUGGAAGAAGAGGAGAGUUCCUGCACAUACUAUGAAUGUCACUACCCUCCCUGCACAAUGAUUGAGAAACAGUUACGCGAAUUUAACAUCUGUGGCCGUUGCCAGGUUGCGCGGUACUGCGGUUCCCAGUGCCAGCAGAAAGACUGGCCUGCUCACAAGAAGCACUGUCGGGAGAAGAAACGGCCCGUCCAGCAGGAACUGGGACCAGAGCGAUGACAAGGCUGGCCAAAAACUUCGCCGCAAGGGCCCCCUCCCCUCCCGGAGGGCGAGGGCAUUGGGGGGGGGGCUCCGACUUUGCACAGACUGCUGACUUGAAGCCAGAGGCACUGACAACAAGGAGAAAAAGAAAGAGAAGACAAAAGUCCAAGGGAUCAUCUAUUUACCAACCCCGUGUGAUGCUUGAGCCAGAGGGAACUGGCCUUUUUUUUCCCCUCCUAGUGUUAAAAAAAUGACAAAAUCACAAAUCUCAAGCGGGGAAGAACAAAAGAGACUACUAUGGAAGCUUUCCUAGUUGGAAGCUUCUUGUUAUUUAUAUGUUAAUAUGUUUGUAAAGCUGUGUACAGGUUUCUGUUUUGUUUCAAAAGGGGGGUGUGGGUUGUUUGGGGUUUUUUUUGUUUGUUUUGUUUUGUUUGUUUUUUUUUUGUGGAGGAAGAGGAGGAGGAGGGGUUAGCAGUGCUCUUUAUCUAGGACUCAUUUACUGUAAACGUUCGGGUGAGAACACAUUGUUGGUUGGAAAAAAAAAUAAUAACUGUCCUGUAGCGCAAGAUUUUUUUCGCUCCCGGGGAGGGGGAAAGAGGUUUUUUAAAAGCUCCCCCUCUGGGUGGGGGAGAUUUAGCACAGACAUCAGCAGUUAUAAUCUGAACAACUCUGCAUGGAAGUUGUGUUUUCAAGUAAAAGGAUUGGAAUGGA